AUGCUGGAUUACGGUGGUGACACAGGCCCCAAGGAAAGGAGACGGGUCCCGGGAAACUGCAAGCAUCCUCCAAACGUCCUCUGCACACUAUCAACUAUCACCAUGUCCAAGUACAACGCCAAAACCUCCAUCCACGAGCUCGUCUCCGACUACACCCAAAUCAUCAAGGGCAAAACCAUCCUCACCACUGGCGUGACUCCCAACAGCCUCGGCCACAUCUUCGCCUCCGCAGUCGCGGCCGCCUCCCCCGCGCUGCUCAUUCUCGCCGGCCGCAACCCCGCCAAGCUCCAGCAAACGGCCGCCGCCAUCGCCACCGCGCACCCGGGUGCCCAGACGCGGAAUCUCGUCGUCGACCUGUGUUCGUUGGCGUCUGUGCGUAAGGCGGCGGAGGAGGUCAACGCGUGGACCGAUGUGCCGAGUGUCGAUGUCGUCGUGAACAAUGCAGGUGUCAUGGCCGUCGACUUCGCCCUCACGCCAGAUGGUUUCGAGACGCAAUUUGCCGCGAGUCACAUCGGCCACUUCCUCCUCACCAACCUCAUCAUGGACAAGAUCCUGGCUUCAGAAUCCCCCCGCGUAGUCAACGUCUCCAGCGACGGCCACCGCCUCGGUCCCAUGAGGUGGGCAGACCCUCACUUCAGUAAUGGGGAAACUUACAACAAGUGGUACGCGUAUGGCCAGGCCAAGACUGCCAACAACCUCUUUGCCCUCUCUCUUGCCGACAAGCUUAGCAAGCGCGGCCUUCACGCCUAUAGCCUACACCCAGGUGUCAUCAUGACGACCAGUCUAGGAAACCACGUGGACGAUGGGUUUGAAUCCCUCGUCACCACAGAUCGGCUCCUGGGCAACAAGGAAGGCUUUCAGGGCGAGUUUGAUGUCGUUCCGGUCGAGGUCGGCACCGCGACGCACGCGUUUGCUGCCUUCGAUCCCAGCAUCUUGGAUCAGAAUGGUGCUUACUUGAUAAAAUGCCGAGUCGCAGAUCCCUACGUUGAUACGCUCAAGCCAUGGGCCACGAGUUCCAUCGAGGCCGACAAACUUUGGGAACUGAGCGAGAAACUUGUUGGUCAGGAGUUCAAGUAUUGA